AUGGACAACUUGAUUAUUGGUAGUGGAAACUCUAAUUUGGACAACUUAGCUACUGGUGGUGGAAGCUUUAAUGUAGACAACUUGGCUAUUGGUUGUGAAAACUUUAAUAUGGAACACAUUCCUACUGGUGGUGGAAACUCUAAUGUGGACAACUUGGCUACAGGUGAUGGAAGCUCUAAUGUGGACAACUUGGCUACUGGUGGUGGAAGCUCUAAGAUGGACAACUUGGCUACUGGAGGUGGAAAGUCUAAUGUGGACAACUUGUUAACUGGUGACAGCUUGGCUAUUGGUGGUGAAAACUUUAAUAUGGACAACAUUGCUACAGGUGGUGGAAACUCUAAUGUGGACAACUUGGUUAUAGGUGUUGAAAGCUCUAAUGUGGACAACUUGGCUAUUGGUGGUGGACGCUCUAAUAUGGACAACUUGGCUACUAGAGGUGGAAAGAACUUGGCUGUGGGUGGUGGAAGAUCUAAUGUGGACGACUUGGCUAGUGAUGGUGGUGGAUGCUUUAAUUUGCACAACUUGGCUAUAGGUGGUGUAAACUGUAAUGUGGAUAACUUGGCUACUGGUGGUGAAAACUUGAAUAUGGAAAACUUGGCUACUGGUGGUGGAAACUCUAAUGUGGACAACUUGGCUACAGGUGAUGGAAGGUCUAAUUUGGAAAGCUUGGCUACUAGUGGUGGAAGGUCUAAUGUGGACAACUUGGCUACUGGAGGUGGAGACUCUAUUGUGGACAACUUCGUAACUGGUGGUGGAAUCUCUAACGUGGAUAACUAG